CAGUGGUCUUCUUCAACCGAGUAUCGACUCGGCAUCUGAUAUAGCCAGCUGGCUAUAUAGACGUCGGUUCUCGGCAGGGAUGCCCACUCUCGCUGCAGUGACGUGUGCGCGAUCGACUUGCUUUCUCUCCAAACGAGAUGGCUCCUACCGCUACUAGCGCCAAUGGAACCGACUCUACCACCACGAGGAGCGGCCAGAAUGUGAAGAACCUUAAGAAAGACCCUGUUGACCGAACCUGGCGAGGGAAUAAGGCGGGGACGAUCACCAUGGACCAGCGCAUCCCGAAGUUCGACGACCCGUACGAAGAGCGGGAAUGGAUCAAGGCACACUUGGCUGGGGCGCUGCGAUAUAUGGGAAAGAAAGGGUACGGCGAGGGCGUCACUGGCCAUAUCACUGUCAAGGAUUCGGUCCUCCCUGAUCAUUACUGGAUGAACCCGUUCGGCGUGCACUUCUCGUCGGUGACGAAAUCCAAGCUCGUACUUGUAUCCCCAGACGGCUAUGUGACCGAACACGGCGCACAAUACCCCAUCAACAUCGCCGGCUUCUUCAUCCAUUCCUCUAUCCACAAAGCCCGCCCAGACGCGCGAGCCAUCGCUCACUGCCACACCAUCCACGGCAAGGCCUGGUCCGUCUUCGGGCGCCCCGUCGAGCCACUCACGCAAGACGCAUGCGUCUUCUACGAGAACAACAGCGUGUACGAAAACUUUGGCGGCGUCGUGUUCGCGCAGGCGGAGGGCGAGAACAUCGCGAAGGCGCUGGGUUCGAAGCACCGAACGUGUAUAUUGCAAAAUCAUGGGCUGUUGACAAUCGGUGACACGGUCGACGAGGCCGUAUUCACCUUCGGCGUGCUGGAGAGAGUAUGUCAGGUGCAGCUUCUAGCGGAGGCGGCUGCGGCGAAUGGGAUACCGAAGACGCUCAUCGGCAGGGAAGAGGCUGAAUUUACGGCUUCGACCUUUCAGGAUAAGGACCUGCUGUACAUGAACUUUCAACCCGAUUACGAGCUUCUCUUGGAAGAGACGAACGGGAGAUUUCUCGCAUGAAGCUCGAGCCAAAUUUGAUACUCAAUCUGCAUAACUAUUAAGAGUAUGAGCUCUGAGCCCGAUGGCUAGUUCCCAAUUUCCUUGUUCAAAGCGAGACAACACAUCGGACGAGAGGCGAAUAGAGGUCCCGAUGCAAUGCAAGGGAGCGGCAGUAGACCUCCUGCAUAAGUGCCGGCUUUGUGAGAUGGCA